UCUCAAACCGAGUUACCGCUGCGUGCACGGGGAGACACUGGUGAUCUGUCGUAGGCUACUUUCCUAAAGCUCUGUGAGUUUCUUUGAAGCUAUAAAACUGUCAGCAGUAAGAUUUGUCUAACGUCAGUCGUUGUUAUAAACUGGGUCAAGGGAAUACUUCGCUUUUGAGAUUUUGUCAAUGCAGCAGUUAGUUUUCUACUAACUAUCUUGUCACACACCAAAACUGGCUUAAAUUGAGUUAUAAAGUAGUGGCCUGAAUCCUGAUGGACUGAACUUUAAUAAAUAUUUCUAUACGCCAGACAUCAUCCCGCAGCAGGACUGUAAAAGCAGAAAGCGCAAUGAUGAACAGAAGCGGAAUGGUCAAUAUUAUUCGCACGCGGAUAAGGACCGACCCCUUCAAGAACAACUAUGACCUGGUCGGCAAAGAGCUUGGCAGGGGCAAGUUUGCGGUCGUAAAGAAGUGUGUGGAGAAGACCACUGGCAAAGAACACGCUGCUAAGUUUCUGAGGAAAAGACGGAAGGGUCAGGACUGCCGUGGUGACGUUGUGCACGAGAUCGCCGUUCUGGAAUCGGCGGAGGCCAAUCCAUACGUUGUGGCACUGCACGAGGUCUACGAGACCCCCUUUGAGAUCAUCCUCGUUUUAGAGUGUGCUGCUGGAGGUGAAAUAUUUAACCAGUGUGUCGCUGACAACGAUGAGGCCUUCACAGAGAAAGAUGUAAUCCGAUUGGCCCGGCAGAUUCUGAUGGGUGUGGCCUGUCUCCAUCGAAACAAUGUAGUCCAUCUGGACUUGAAGCCUCAGAACGUUCUGUUGACCAGUGCUCAGCCUCUGGGCGAUAUCCGUAUCGUUGAUUUUGGCUUAUCUCGGCGGGUGGACAGCACGACGGAGGUCCGGGAGAUCUUGGGAACUCCUGAGUAUGUGGCUCCUGAAAUUCUGAACUAUGAGCCCAUCAGCACAGCUACUGACAUGUGGAGUAUCGGGGUACUGACUUACGUCAUGCUGACGGGGGAGUCGCCAUUUCAGGGAGAAGAAAAGCAGGAGACCUUCCUGAACAUCUCCCAGGUCAACGUAGACUAUUCCCAGGAUGUCUUUGAGGGAAUCUCAGACCUCGCUGUGGAUUUCAUCCGGUCGCUGCUUGUUAAAAACCCCAGAAAACGAGCAACAGCAGAACAGUGUUUAAAUCAUCCGUGGUUGAUCAGUGAAAUUCAUCACACUGUGGACGCCCCACUCGAUGAGCAGGAAGCCAGCCAAUCAGAAUCCGAGCCUGAAAGUCCCGUCCCUUCCCCUGAGCUUGUUAUGCCAUUAUAUCUAACCUGCCCGGGCCAGGGGGAGCUGAAGACGGGUCGGGACACUUUUAGUUUCUCUGAAUCGUUCCCGUCCCGUACCGAGAUACAACAAGAGCUCAUCUGUUAGGUGACAGACACUGUUGCCCAAUCUGAGGACUGCGAAUCUCUGCAGCCAAUGAGGCUCUUCCGUGCUAUUGACAGAUAGACUUGAAUCCUGCCAAACUGGUUUGGCGUGGUUUGGACUGGGCAGCAGCGGUCUACUCGGGUGUUUGCGACACCGUUGUAUGUGCGCAUGAAGUCUAUUUCUAAUGUUGUCUGUGUUUGUCAGAGUGUGAAUGUGAUUUGACCUCCUUUAUGACCACAGAGAUAUGCGCGUGUGUCUACGACGAAUUUGGAUGAGCAAUAUGAACUUCUUUUUGUAAGCCCUAAAGGAUACUUAAGCGCUGUAUAAAGGCUCUAAAAUACGCACCACAAUAGACUGUUUAUUAUUUCAGUGUGGUUUGAACCUUACUCUGCUUUCUGUACUUGGUCUUAAACUUAUGUUGGAGUCAUACUGCAUUGUAAAAAGGGGACUGAAGGCUGAUCAUCGUUCUUCAUCGAUUCAGUUCAUGUAAUGAAGUUCAGAUUUAUUUCUUAUAGCCCACCUCUCAUUUGUUUCCAUUAGAACCAUCUUAAGAACACCGCUGUCUAAUAUAACUUCACCCUUGAGGCUCUUCCCCAGCAGAGUAGGUUUUUCAUUUUCUGUUGCAUGAAAUCCAAAUGUUAGUUUGCACCAAACAUUAGGGGCGGUUUCUGUAAUGAUCUUUAAAAAGAAUUGACUUGCAAAGACCUCUUGUUCUAGCACGUUCUAAGAAAAAAGGUUUAUAUUCAAAUCUCCCCACAAGCACAUUAAGUAGUUCAAGAUGGCAUGCUCAUGCGUACCCACAAUCCACAUUUUGUUCCGUUUCUCACACAGAGUGCCACAAAACCACCUUUUUUGUUUUUAGUCAUUAUAACAAGUUUGCUGUAAUUGCACAAAUGUCUUGUACCAUUGUUGUGUUUUCAUCGGCUAUUAUUAGCUUUUUUAUUUGAACAUUUUCUGUAUGUUGUUUUAAUGUUUGGUAGAGCAUCAUGGGUAAGAAGUAAAUGUUCCAACUUGUCAGUAAUGGACUGGGACUUGUUUCGUGACCCAGUGCUGUUUGUGGUUGAAUUUUGAGGGGCUACUUAGGUCUUUAGAUUUGUGUAUUUCGGAUAGUUGUGGGAGAUGUUUGCAUUUUGAGAAGAACCGAGCACAACAACAAAAGUCUUCGAUUUAAUUGUAUAUUUUUUGUUUUAUGGAAUGUUAUGUAAAAAAAAGUAUUUUUCUACUGUCACUGUAUUUUAUGAUUAAUAUGAGAAAAUAAAAAGAUUGUAAUAUUAAUUUAGAUUUUUUAACCAGUUGUGCUUCUAAAUGGUUUGCACUUGUGUCCAAAUGGACAGCAUAUAUGUAUUAUCGGCAUGCCUGGCAAAAUAUUGAAGAAAAUAAAUGAUCAUUUUUGUAUUAAA